CUCAUUAUAUACUCAGUUCAUUAAUAUGGAUAAGAAACGUAGAUGAAGACAGUUUUUAAAGAUUCUAUUUCAUCACGUGAUCUCCAUUUCUAGGAUAUAAAUCCUAGACUAAGGGGCCUCUUGGAUUUCACAAUUUUGAAAAAGGUCUUCAGGUUUCACACACAUGUACAGUUCUGAGCACCAGAUUUGUUCCCAGGCGUUCAGCUGAAAGGAGGGAAAAUUCUAAACAUGCAUUUCUGCUGUUCAUUCUGUCCCGAUAUGAGGCCUAUUCCUGUAACUCUGACGUAGGAUCACAGUUAAUCAACUUCCUGGCGGAUAUUUGAGUCCCAUUUCUUCUUCGGCGAGUAGACGUGUUCCUCGUGUAGGUCAGAAUCAGGGAAAACAAUGGGAUGCUCUAUAUACCCAGAGCAACGUUACUGUACAUUGUAAUUAAACAACGAACCUUGUGUUGUUGGUGAACAAUAUUGACAUAGAUUAUGUUUAAAGUUGACUCAGUGAAACUUUCAGCAGUCAUGAAUUGUCAGAAAAAUAUUGGACUUCUUCGUUAUUUCACUAUCGUUUCCAUCUCCAUAGUGUGCCAUGGAUACGAACUGACCAUUCUUCAUACUAACGACGUUCACGCGAGAAUUCAAGAGAUGAACGCAUAUGGGGGACAAUGUGCUGAUGGCAGACAGUGUUUCGGUGGAGCAGCUAGAAUGAAGACCAAAAUAGAGGAGCUCCGAAAAGAACAUCGGAACACGCUUUUGUUGGACGCAGGAGACCAAUUUCAGGGGACCCUCUGGUUCACUCACUACGGGGGGCUGGUCACUUACACCAUGAUGAACCUUCUUGGUUAUGAUGCUAUGGCGCUGGGCAACCAUGAAUUUGACAACAAUAUUGAUGGUCUCUUGCCAUUUCUACAGAACGCAAACUUUACAAUUCUUAGUGCCAACAUCAAUUCAGCGACGGAACCUAGAAUCGCGCCUCAUGUGUCAAAGAGCUACGUCACAGACGUGGGCGGGGAAAAGAUCGGGAUCAUAGGUUACACCACAAAGGACACGCCCAUGAUAUCCCAACCUGGAAGCCUCAAAUUUGAGGAGGAAAUGACGUCAAUUCGUACUGAGGUCACCAAGUUAGAGAGCCAGGGGGUCAACAAAAUCAUUGCUGUGGGUCACGCUGGAUUUUCCGUGGACAAGAAAAUCGCCAGCGAGGUAGUAGGAGUGGACAUCGUGGUGGGAGGACACACCAAUACGUUUUUGUACAACGGCACUAAGCCAUCUGUUGAAACCCCCGAUGGUGACUAUCCUCACGUGGUUAGGAAACCUAAUGGAGAGGUAACUCUUGUGGUUCAGGAUUUCGCAUUCGGAAAGUAUCUGGGCUUUCUGCAAGUCCAAUUUGAUGACAACGGAAAAGUUAUAUCACAUGGAGGAAACCCUAUUAUUCUGAACAGCUCCAUAGUAAAAGAUCCGACUGUGAUGCAAGUUGUUGAUAAAUUCUAUAUGGAGAUAGAAAACGCCACCAAAGAAGUGAUCGGAAGAACGUUGGUCAAAAUUGAGGGAAAGCGUGAUGUCUGUAGACUGAGAGAAUGUAACAUGGGGAAUUUGGUGGCUGAUUCCUUCGUGUUCAUGAAUUUGAAGGAUGCGGAUACGAUCAACUCCACCCGUGUAUUUAUAGCCAUCGUGAACUCGGGAUCGAUACGAGCAUCUUUCAAUAGAGGGACAGUUACUUUGAGUAAUGCUAUAAGCGUACAGCCAUUUAGAAACACCAUGGAAACGAUAAAACUUCAGGGUCGGUACCUGCUUCAAGUAAUGGAACACAGUGUGACGUCCUACAACACAAAGGACCCUGAUGGCGGAUUUUUGCAAGUAUCUGGCAUACGAGUGAAGUACAAUCUGCAAAAGCCGGAAGGUCAACGCGUCGUGGAAUUGAAGGUUAUAUGCUCGGAGUGUGAUGUUCCGGAAUUCGUUCCAUUAGACAAUGACAAACUGUACGACAUUGUUUUAUCCAACUUCUUGCUGACUGGAGGAGAUGGAUACAAGAUGAUCAGAGAUUACGCCAUACAGAAGCACGUUGUCGGCAUCCUAGACACCGACGUAUUUGUUGAAUACAUAAAACAGACCUCGCCACUGACAACUGGCCUGGAUGAAAGAAUCCAAAUGCAAUUGGUGGACGAAACCGGAUGUAAAGUAACCUCUGGUGGAAGUAGAUUUCUUAUCUCUUUUCUAUUAAUCAAAACUACAGUUUUCCUUGGUUUGAUUACACCACGGUUACUAUGAAACUACGAUUAAAAGAGAGAGAGAGAGAGAGAGAGAGAGAGAGAGAGAGAGAGAGAGAGAGAGAGAGAGAGAGAUUAAUAUUUAAACUGUUACAAUCAAAUCAUCUCAGUCAUUCCAAAUUACUGGAUAUUAUUGUGUUUACUGUAUUAAAAUAUCUAUAUUCAU